CAAUGAUUCACUGAGUGUUUACACACACAUAUUUUAUCUAUAACAGUGUGCAGCAAAAAGCAUGACAAACACAAUGUCAUAGGAAACUGAGAAAAGAAAGUGGUUAUUUCUUCUGUUUAUAUAAAAUCUGUACCUGUAAGGCUCACAAUGGUUCGAGACAGACUCGCUGAAAUGCAGGCAAAAACCUCGGAAGAUUCCGACAGCAAGUCUAAGAAGAAGGAGAAAAAUGGAACACCUCUUCUCAGUUCUGAACAACAGCUCACUGACUGUCUCAGCAGGGUCACCGAGCUUGAUAAUAAGAUUAAGAAAGUAAAAGAAGAUAUUGAAGUCAUGGUUAAGUUAGGGAAAAACAUUUUGUCCAACCCACUAAUUCACAAAAGUGAAGUAGAAAAGUUGGAACAGGCUUCAGACAAAAUUCUGAACUCUACAAAUCAAAUACAGAAAGAAAUAAUAAGCUACAGGGCUGAAGUAGGAGACCUGUACUUAGACAGUAAUCAUGAGCGUGUUAUUAAAACACAUCUUGAUAGACUGAGCAGUGAGGUCUCAAAGACAACUAACACCUUCCGUGCUGCCCAAGUCGAGUACAUUAAUAAAUCUGAGAAACUGCAUCACAAGAAAGUAGAAAUAGUAGGUGCUGAAGCUGGUGGAGCCGACUCUAGUGAUCCGUCAAGCAACCAAGCCCUUUUCGGAGCAGACUUUCUCUUGGAAUCACAGAAGGCCAAACUAGAGCUGAGGGAAAUUGAAGCUCGUGAUCAGGAGAUAAAGAAAAUAGAAAACAGUGUUGUUGAGGUGAACAGACUGUUUAAAGAGAUCAAUGCCUUAAUCAUGGAGCAAGGAGAGACAAUUGAUACAAUAGAAAAGCAUGUAAUGGAGACAGAAAUUACUGUGGAAAACGGUGUGGAACAGUUACAGCAAGCAAGGACAUAUAGAGAUAAGGCUCGUAGGAAGAAGGUCUGCUGUAUUGGAAUCAUCGUAGCUGUGUUGCUCAUUGUAGGAGUGAUCAUCGUUAUUGUAGUUGUCAAUAACAACAAGAAAGAAUAACAUGAUGUUCAUAAGCUUGUAGCUUAAACUGUCAAUGACAUGCCUAUUGGUGCAAAGAUGGCAUAAAGUUUAUCAUACAUGUAUUUGGUGAACCUGAAAAGAUUUUAGAAAGAAAAAAACAACCUUUAAAACUCGAAUGUUUUAAGAUCAAUUAACAAUUAAUUAAGUAUUGUAACUUGAUCUUAUUCAAGACUCAUUCAUUACUUUGCUUUUUCAUUUUAGUUAUUUUUCAGGAUUUUCAACAGGAAAUUAAGGCUCACAAAAUCAAAGUUCCUGGUUGGACUAUCUAGUCUCAUCACAUGUGGCACAUGAUUUUUGAACAGAACAAAUAUUUGUUUAUAUUUUAAUUAAUUUUGAACCAUGCAAAAAGAAAUAGGUUUUAUCAUAUAUAUGGAAAUAGUGGCAAAUAUGACAUCAUACUUUGCUGUGACUGCAACAAGAAUGGCAGCAACAUUGGGUUACACAUUUAGGUGUUAGACUGUUUCUUGCAAGUUUCUUUUAUGUAUAACUUUUAUGCAUCAAGUUAAAACUUUUUAGUUUCAAAAAUUCACAAUUAUUCCAAUUUCUGCUUGUCAUGGUUCGGUCACAUUUUAAGGAUUUACAAUUGUUAUUUGUAUUAGAUUUUGACAUUCCAAAUGUGGCUUGCUACCUAUGAUGUAAUUGUGCAUAUUGUUUUAUUCUGUAAUAAACACACUCACUUAU